UCUCUGCUAACAUGGUCAUUAUUCUGGCAGUGUUCCUGGAGAAGUCUCUGCAUCAGCCCAUGUAUAUUUUCAUCAGCUGUCUGUGUGUAAACUCUCUGUAUGGCUCAGCUGGAUUCUUCCCCAGGUUCCUGCAGGACAUCGUCUCUGACUCUCAUUUGGUCUCACGUCCACUAUGCUUUAUUCAGGUGUAUGUUAUUUACACCUAUGCUUCCUAUGAGCUGACCAUCCUCACCAUCAUGGCAUACGAUAGGUUCAUUGCUAUCUGUCAGCCCUUACACUACCACAGUAAAAUGACCUUCAAAUGGGUGCAGGUUCUUGUACUCGUUGCUGUUUUCUACCCAGUGUUUACUAUUGGCUUCUGCCUCUAUCUUACUGUUAGAUUACCGCUGUGUGGAAACAAACUGAACCGGAUGUUCUGCUCUAACUGGCCUGUGGUGCAGCUCUCCUGUGUGGACACCACUCUGAACAACAUAGCUGGUCAGUUUGUCGUGGUGACGGCCAUCUUCAUCCCCAUAUUCUUCGUCCUGUACACAUAUCUACGGAUUCUGCUGGUCUGCAGCAGGAGAUCGUCUGAAUUCAGAGGAAAGGCGUUACAAACCUGCCUGCCUCACAUCAUCUCCUUUUUGACCUACUCCAUCUCUCUCUUCCUCGAGGUGUCUUUGAGUCGAUUAGAGGCUGGUCAACUGAAUCCAAGCAUCGCAGUUAUUUUGUCUUUAGCGUAUCUGAUCAUUCCCCCCCCUCAAUAA